AUGCCUUCCUUCGGACAUGACAUGUCCAUUGGUGGCGCGCAAAAGGUGGAGGGAUACAGCGAUACAGAUUCAUGGAACUGGCCCCAGCAACCGACCUCCCACCAAGCUUCAUACUCGAACAUGUUUGAUCCUUCCAUGUACGCCAGCUUCACCCCUCCCAUGCAACAGCAAGUUCGCCAACCGCCCCGCCAUCACUCAAUCGCCACUUCUCGCGUCGUUUCAACUGCGACUAGCACACCACCACCCCCCAGGCCCCAGGUCACAGGAAACAUGGUCAAAGCGCAGCCGGCUUUCAAGCCCACGUGGCAGGGAUUCCUGGACACAACCAAAGAUGCCAUGACCGUAGUAGAAGCAGCACUUCAAGGCCGCCUCAGCCAUAUUAGUCGCAGACCGCAUGACAAAGAGCGCGCAGAGAUGCUCACUUCUGGAACCGUAUUGGUGUACGAGGAGAACGCCUCUGGUAUCAAGCGAUGGACCGAUGCUGUCCACUGGUCCCCAAGUCGGGUUAUGAACAACUGCCUCAUCUACCGCCAGCUCGUGCGCGCGUUGAAGCCAGAGGAGAAGAAGUCGGCCCUGAACCCAUCGUGCGGAACCAAGAGGAAGCGGAAGGAAAACAAUGGGCCCGUUAGGUCCAAAACUGGCGAAGUGCUAGAAAACUCCGAAGACGAAUAUGAGAAUCCCUCGUUCGAUCCCUCGCUAUCCGGCGAUGUCGACUCCAUGAACAAGGUGUACGCCAACUUCGCCCAGAGCUUGACCCCCGAUCAACAGCGACGUUUCUGCGGCUCUCUCAUCGAUAGCUACGAGUUCAAAGAGGGUGGUUUGAUGAAGAAGACCAUCUCAGUCAAGUACCAGGGCACUCAUCACCAUGUCAUUUCUUAUUACAGUCUGGAGGACGUCGUGAGCGGAAAGCUCAAGCGACCAUUCCAAGAUCCAAAGCUCGCCGACAUCCAGCCAAGACCCGAGCUUCUGAAUGGUUGGAAGGUUAGCCUUGAAGAUGAGGAGAGCAAGGAUAUGCCCCUUGUAGCAGGAUACCCACACCACAUCCAGCCAAGUCAUGUGCAGCAUCAUGUUAUCGGAGCUGUAACUCAAUCGAUCGGUGCUCAGGGCCAGCUCCAGACUCAUGCCCCCCUUCAUCUAACAGUUCCCGACUACUGGCAUGGUCCCCAGGUUUCGCAGUACUCGUCGAGCCACCAUAGCCCUCAACACUAUGCAGCACCUCAGCCUGUGGCACCUCAGUUCUCGGCGCACCAGCCAGCACACCAAUACUCCGUUCCGCAGCCAUCGUCGCAGCAUUACGCACAUCCGCCAUCUCCUCAACCAUACUCUUCGCCACAUUCAGCAACUUCUCAAUACUCCACACAAGCUCCUACGUCUUCACACUACACGCCACAGCCACAAUCGGCGCGUCCCUACUCUUUCGACCCCCCCUCUACUACAUCAGCCUCCUCAUACUCUCAGCACGUACCUGCCCCACAAUACCAGGCGCCACAGCCUGCUGCAUACACUCUACCUCAAUCCGCUGGCUUCGAGGCCCAGGCUCUGCCCCAGCAAAGCUCACCUGUCGGCCCCCAGCAGACCCAAGUCCCAGGACCACAACACGACCAACAGAGGAGGGCUUCGGCACCAGUGGCUCUGCAGCAGCCGUUCAGCACACCGCAAUUUCCCGCGGCUCCCCACCCUCACUCAUACUAUGUAACGGAUCAGAAGUACGUUCCAGAGCAGAAGUACUCAUCUAAUGCGCACCACGGAUAUUAG